AUGGAGGAGGUGAUGAAGAUGAAGCACUCCGCCCUCUGCGUCCUGACUCUGGCUCUGGUCUUCGUGACUCUGCUCUCUGCUCACACAGUUGUGCCUAAGGACAAACCAGGAUCAUGUCCUGCUCAAAAGGGGUUUGGGAAGUGUGUCCAUGAGUGUGACUCUGACCAGAACUGUCCUGGUGUUCUGAAGUGCUGCUCCACCGGCUGUGGGAAAACCUGCGAGUUGCCAGUCUUAGUGCCCAAACCAGGAUCCAAACCAGGAGUAUGCCCUCAUCCAAUGCGUUACCACCACCCGUGUGAAGAUGAAUGUGCAGCAGACUGCGAGUGUCCCAAGAACCUCAAAUGCUGCUUCAGCGGCUGUGGACUCCAGUUGAUGAAGAUGAAGCACUCCGCCCUCUGCGUCCUGACUCUGGCUCUGGUCUUCGUGACUCUGCUCUCUGCUCACACAGUUGUGCCUAAGGACAAACCAGGAUCAUGUCCUGCUGUAAAGGGGUUCGGGACCUGUGUCCAUGAGUGUGACUCUGACCAGAACUGUCCUGGUAACCUGAAGUGCUGCUCCAACGGCUGUGGGAAAACCUGCCAGCGGCCCAUAUUUGGUCCCAAUGAGCCCAAGUAA